GUCAGCGUCACCACCAUCAUCGGGCCGUGCUCUGGCAACACCUCUCAGAGCUUAGGUGCACGGACGCCCGGACAGACGUUUCUCUCGAAACACUCCUUGGCCCUGUGCAGCGAGCUAACCAGUGGAGAGUCACAAAAGCGGUGCUCCGCUUUCUGCGUAACACGGGCCUCCUGGGCUCCCUGGGAGCCGAUUGUCUUUUCUAAUUUUCCUUGUUUCCAUUUAUUUAUUUAUCUUUUUGUUAUUUCCUUUACUCUUGUUUAUACUUUUCCUUUCUUUUUUCGUUUUUUUUUUCUGCCAAUAAGUCCCCCCCCCUCCCAUAUGAGCAACCCAAUUUUCUAUUUUCUAUUUGAUUGUAGGGGCUAAAAGAGACGAAGUUAGUGCUCGGUCUCCGCUCGUGGAUGCAUCACUCUCUGAAACGAACCUGUAGGAACGGAACCCACGAUUGAAAUCUCUUUCCGAUCCCGAAGGCACCAUGGUGACGUUGACAGAUACAUCAGAUGCUGAGCCCAGCGAAACUGGAGCUACACCGUCACCGACGGAAGCUCCUGCUGGAACACGUCGACGCUACGUGAAGCUUGUUCUGGGCGGAAUCGCCUUAGUGGCUCUCGGAAGCUUGAUAACGGCGUUGGCUUUAAAUAGCGCUUAUGACACCGAAGGAGCUGAGGAGGAGGAAGUCCUGGCUUCGGAUGAUGGAGGAUUUUCAAUAGAUGCCGACAGCUACGCGUCACACCUGGAAAAGACGACGACAGAGGAGCCUAAGGCUAUUGCCCCCGAUACGACCGACGACAAAAAGACCAUGGCCCCGGAUACGACCGAGGAGAAGACUAUGGCACCGGAUACCACAACUGUAAUCCCGACUUCCGAGAACACAAUACCAAGCAGUACUACUGUGACGAGUACGACAGACGUCUCGGAGAAGUAUCUACUCUGCACAAUAAGCUACGUGGAUGAAGGUAUCAAGGAUCUGGACGGUAUCUGCGAUAUCCUUGUCUGCGACAUUGCUGCUGAAGAAAUAGGCAGCCUCGAGUUAUCCGGCAAUGCUCUCGCCGUAGCGGCAUUUGCGAACUCCACCAACAAGACAGAGGUCGGACUGAACUUCGUAAACCCCGAAGCAACGUAUGCAAUAUUGAAGGCAAAAGGACAUCGCAAGGACAUGCUCUAUUACGUGGAACGCAAUUUCGCCUUCUUCGGAACCUUCAACUCAACGGUAACCAGAUCAACGAGAGAUUUGUCUUUGGUGAAGAAGUUUUUACUGGAGCUGCGUCGUCAAACAGGAAACAGCAAGGGCAGGAGGCAGGCGUUCAUCUUCUGGGGCGUUUCAGUCCUUCCUCACACUAAAGCUAAUAUAUCGCAUGAAGUAUUUCGACGGAAUUUUCUAAGCGCCAUCCAAAGAGUCAAUCCCCGCAUACUGGUGUACCAGACGUCGCUCUACAACUCUGCGGAAUGUGUUUCAACGGGCCCGACGGUGUGGCGUAAUUCUCCAACACCGCUACAGCCCAGCAUGAUGGAGCUUCUCAACUUUCGCAAGGUCGUAAAGUUGCCCAAGCAGACAAUGGAGAUGAUGACAUUUUCACUAUGCGGCGUCUGGACCGAAUUUUCACCAGAGAAACGGCCAACAGAGAUAGGAAUAAAAAGCGGCUGCAAGCAGACUGUGGUGUCUGGUUUGGAACCCUACGUCUGCAGAGGCGGAUUAGAUUGGCAACAGUACAAAGAUAUUUUGGACCAUCAGCGGCAAUUGCACGUUUCUGCAAACCUAAAUGGCACUUGGAUUGUAGGAUAUGACCUGAGGGACACCAUGGAGAAAAAGAUGUGCAUGGCCACGGUGGACUUCAAAUUUACUGGAAGCUGGGCCGUGCACUCAUUAGAGUGCGGCUUCAAGAAACUAUGCGCCGACGCAGACUUUCCAGGCAGUUAUCCCCGGGUGAAGAUGUUGAAGCACUUCCUACAUCACAAGUUCGCCAAAUGCCUUACUAAAUAAAUACAUUUCAACUUCA